AUGCCCCUUUGGGGGCAUCUCCUUUCAACCGCGGCUCUUUUUUGGUUGUCGUCAGGCAGCCACGCGGAGCCAAAGUGUGAUGAGCCAGCCGAAGCCAGCAGCCCAGCAUUGCUCCAGUCCAGGCGCUUUGCAGGGUCUGGGCGGAUCCAGUUCUCCGAUGGGUUGACUGGGUCAUACGAUUCUGCGCCAAGCUUCGCAUGGCUGCAGAACCAGUCCAAGACUCUGGCGCCUCGAUGCCAGCGCCGAAAGCAGCCUCCCACGCCGCUGGCCGCCGCGGAGAAGAUCCAACACAUCCGGAACGAGAUGCUGGUGGCCAGGAAUCUCGCAAGCUCGUGCAAUGGCAUUCCUUUGGUGGCGUACCAUGUGAACACCUCGGAGACCACAUGCUGCCCCACGGAGUCCUUGGAGUGCGCUGGCUGUGCCAAGUACUCUGGCAAGUGUGAGAAGUGCCGCGGGGGCUUCGUAACUGUGGCCAAUCGCUGCGUCUCCUGCCUCAGCACCGUCGGCUGGACCAACGAGCUGAACCAAACCUGCGACGCCCUCACGGUAGCCGACUGUAAUGACCGGCCGGUGAACGGGCAGAGCAACAAGCAAGCCUGCUGCCUUUGCGGCGGUGGAGUGAAGAGCCCCACACCCUUUCAGUACCCGGACGCACGCUUCGUCGUGGGUGCGGAUGUAGUGCUGAAGCCACUGCCCCGCACUGCCGCGCGGUAUUCCGUGAACUCGGACUGCGCCUUGGCAGCGCACAACCUCACCUUGGAUGGCGAGACUGGGGCAAUUUCCUACGCUGCCAACAAGUUGAAGCCUGCAAAAGCCUUCUCAGUGCAGUGCGAGGUUACUGCGCACCAGGACGUGGGCUUGGAGGAAACCGUCAAGGUUUCGGUCAUCGUGGACAGUAUGACCUACGGCUCGGGGGCCUUAAUCUUCGACACGGUCACCAAGUACUCAGUGGCCACUGAAACCUCUGAGUGGAAGGACUUCAGUAUGAUUUGUGCUCCGGAUGCCCCGUGGCUCUCCAUUUCCGCGGCUGGUGAAGUGUCCUUGUCUGCGACGAGCAUCGCUGGUGCCGUCACAGACACAGAAGAGGGUGAGAAUGAGUAUAAGGGUAUGGAUGGAGCUGUUUGCGUUGUGUCGGCCUUGCAGAAGUCGAACGAUAAGAGUACGGAUGAGGAGUUUGUGAAGCGCAGCACCACCUUCGCGGCCAUCAGGCCGCGGCCUUGGCCGGCCAUCACGUACGAGGCCAGCUACGUGGAGGUGGUGGUGGGUGAGGAGCUUCCCCCGAUGAAGCUCCAGGUGCCAAGCGGCUUCGAGGAGGGCAUGGGCGGCCUCAAGCCGAGCUCUUUCCACAUGUCUUGCGUUGUGGAUGGCAAUUGGAACAGCCCACGCCCUUCGCCCACCUGGUCCUUCGACACUGUGUGGGGUGUCGGCUUAUUGGGGGAGCACUCCAUCUUGGAGAUCCAGGCGGACGGCACUAUCUCACUCGCGCCAGCCGCCACAAUGGCUAAGCUCUUCGACGAGAUCCUGGCAAACAGCCAACAGCGGAAGUCUGUUCAGAUGAGCUGCGGUGUGUGGGGUUCCUUCCCCGGCACAGAUUUCCAGCCAGUCAAAACACCCCUGGUGAUCCGCAUCAAGGAUAGCAUGUGCUGGAUCUCAGAGACAAUCCAGGGCCAAGUGGUUCAUGAGAUCACCAUCCUUGACGAAGCCACCUGCCGCAACAACUGCCGUAUGUCAAAGCGCUGCUCCCAUUUCACCUUUGCUCACGACAAAUGCAAGCACUGGCGCAUUCAGAAUGAGGGAGGAUCGCCGGUGACUGCUUUCGCAAAAGUCACAGACUGCAGCGAUUUGAACACAUGCUUGCGCCUGAAACAUCCUGAGUGGGUUGUGGCGGGCGACUAUUGCCCCGUCACCUAUGACUUCCAACGAGGAGGCCCCGUGUACCGCAAGGACAGCGCCGUCAAGCAAGAAGUCAUGUUCCUGAGCACCGUGCUUCCGGGCUCAACUUCAUCUUGCGCAGUGGGCAAGUGGCUCGUGCAGAGUGCCAGCGGGGAUGACUUCAUCGACUCAGACAAGGGCUACUUCGAGCUUAAGGGCAACGAGCGCGCUUGCCUGGAAGCCGGCUUGCCGAGCAGUGGCACGGGUAUGAGCUUGAACUUGGCCACGCUUGCCUGUGCCAAGCCUCUCUUCCCUGAAGCGGAGGAGGAGACGCUGCAGCCGCUUGUCUUCGACGACCCGACCACCACGCAGACUGAGGAAGAUUUCUGGCUUCACCCUUGUGACUGUCUUCCUUUGGAAUGGGGCAGCGGUUGGCCUGCAGAUGCAAUGGCCUUGGAGAACAUACCGCCCACCAGCAACGGCAGCUUCAUUCCUCCACCCUUCUUGAUCGUCUCUGGGCAGUUUGCAUGCCCCUCCCGGCAGCUGAUGAAGGGCGCGGCCGGCAUCCACUUCGAGUCGGAGGCCGAGAGCAUGGAGCCCUCAGACUGCCAGGACGCGAUGCAAGGACUACGCUGGAUGCCAGUUCUAUUGGAGCGGUACAUCCCACGGGGCCCAGACGUGCCGCCUCUACACUGGCUGUGA